CCGAGAUGGCGCUCGACCCCGCAGAUCAGCAUCUCAGACACGUUGAAAAGGAUGUUUUGAUUCCUAAAAUAAUGAGAGAAAAGGCCAGAGAGAGGUGUUCUGAACAAGUUCAAGAUUUUACCAAAUGUUGCAAAGACUCUGGAAUCCUAAUGGUAGUAAAGUGUCGGAAAGAAAAUUCUGCAUUGAAAGAAUGC